AUGGAUUAUCAAGAUCCACCCCCCAACUACUCCACCCUGGAGUUCAAGGAGCCAACCGAAAAUACCAUCGUCCAACCAUCUGGGCCUACUCAGAUUCCCUGGUAUAACCCUCGACGCUGGCCUCUGGUGCGGACAAUAUUCGAUGAAAAGAUCCGUUGGUAUAACCCCGUUGGCUGGACCCGGUGCACCAGAAUCCUCGUCCCACUAUUUAUCCUCGUUAUAUUGAUCGUCACCGUCAUCCCCGUCGAAGUGAUCAAAAACCGAUAUCCCAAGUAUAGGCCGCUGAAGUAUAACCUCGUGGACGAGUACUCCGGUCCGACCUUCUUCGACCAGUUCAACUAUUUCACCGAAGAGGACCCAACAAAGGGUUUCGUCAUCUACGUCAACGAGACAACAGCUACUCAUCUCAACCUCACACACGCAACAGAGUCAUCCGCAAUCCUGCGCGUGGACGCGCAGACCCGCAAUGCAAAGCACGGACGAAACUCCGUGCGUAUCGAGUCGAAGAAAACAUACGAUGAAGGUCUCUUCAUCUUCGAUAUCAUUCACACCCCCUUCGGCUGCGGUACUUGGCCUGCUCUGUGGUUGACAGAUGGAUACAACUGGCCAAAGAAUGGCGAGAUAGACGUUCUUGAAACGACCAAUGAAGGAAGUCAUGGAAAUGAAGUCACUCUUCAUACUACCAAAGGUUGCUCGAUGAAGGAUGUCAAGCGCAAGCAAACUGGACAGAUACUGUCCAAGAAGUGCGAUGACACCAAUGACGGAAAUGCAGGCUGCGGAGUCCUGGGGAAUGCUUCCACCUACGGCGAGGCGAUGAACAACAACGGCGGUGGCAUGUACGCACUCGAAGUGCGUCAAGAAGGUAUUCGAACUUGGUAUUUCAGUCGUGACUCUGUUCCCAACGAUACCAGCCUUGUCGAUCCCAACACAUCGCUCUGGGGAACUGCUUUAGCCGACUUUCCCAGUACCAAGUGUAAUAUUGGUGCUCAUUUCAAGAACCAGAGUAUCAUUGCCAAUAUCGAUUUGUGUGGUGAGCUUGCGGCGCAGACGCAAUACUACGAUACUAUGUACCACUGCCCUGCUACAUGUACAGAGUUUGUGGCGAAGAGCCCGGCAAGCUUUGUCGAUGCUUAUUGGGAGUUCAAAAGUUUUAAGGUCUAUGAGUCUGUGCGAAAGCAGCAGAGUGAUGCCAAAAAACAGGAGGAUGCUAAUAAGAAGGAUGAAAAGGACAGGAAGAAAGCCGAUAAAGCACAAAGUCAACAGGGUAAUGGUGACACGACAACCUAUGUGUAUCACCAUCACCAUCACCAUCACCAUCACAACCACGGUUUGUUCAGCGGUCUGUUUGGGAUCUUUGGGCUGUGA